AUGCACACUGUGCAGUACUGUGAUCACAAGCAGCUCGUGGAGUGCUUUAACACCCGCGGCCAGGCUCCAUGUGCCCCAGAGUGUGGCUAUGUGUCAGGCGUAGAUGAUCAGCCGCAGCUUCUGGUAGCCAACGCCUUUAAAGCCCGCGCUGCGCUCGUCGACCCGCAGUAUAUCCUCAACGUAGGAGACAACUUCUACUGGGGCGGUAUCGAGAAGACAUGUGGGAGUCCGAUGGAUCAGAUCUCGUACCCGACGAAGCACCAGUUCGAUCAAAUCUUCGAAGGUGUCUAUCAAGGGGCCGGCCUGACCAACAAGCCCUGGUUCAGCGUGUUGGGCAACCAUGACUGGGGAGGCUUCAAGUUCGACAACGGCUGGGAUCAGCAGAUCUCCUACACCUGGGCUAGCACCCGCUGGGUCAUGCCCGCCCCGUACUACAAGACCUCCGUCGUCUACGCAGACCUCGGCUUCGACGUAGACUACUUCUUCUUGGACUCCAACUUCAUCGAUGCCAUGCCACCAGAGGAGGACCCGAACCACAACAUGUGCAGUCGAAAGAACAACAAGCCCUCCGCCUCCUGCGCCGCAGCGGAUGGCCCCGAGUCCGUGGACGCGUGCCCGGGCUGGUUCGCGUCGCUCUGGGCUGAGCAGCAGCCAUGGGUCACGCAACUCAUGGGACAGAGUAAGGCGAACUGGCAGAUUGUCGUCACGCACUUCCCCUGCGGACAUGAGCAGGACUUCUACAAGUCUUUGCAGGGCCUGGGGAUGGACCUGCUUGUGACAGGGCACCGGCAUGAUCAGGAGCUUUGGCUCCCAGAUGAUCAUGCCAAGAACCACAUGGGCGUAACAUGCAUCGUGACCGGCGGUGGUGGCGGCAUCACAUCCGAGGCCACACCGAAUCCUGAGGAGACUGAGGACUGGUACGGCGAGGCGCAGUAUGGUUUCUAUGACCUCACCAUCAGCAAGUCGGAGAUUUUGAUUGAGUCCAUCAACUACGAUGGCGAAGUGCUGUUCCCAUCGCGCUGA